AAACUUUCUACAUCAACAUUCCAAGUUCAGGUGCCGAGUAACCCAUCUUCCAAGUUCAGAGAAGCAUUCCAAUUCCAAAUAUCUUUUAGCUCAAAAACAAGAUAAAAUUUUUAUCGUGUAUUCUUUUUUGACCUAUAACUAUUAUAAAUUUGUGAACGAGUUCUCAGUUCUUUUUUGUUGUCUCAGACCUGCUUUUUCAUAUUUCGGAUCUGCCAAGUAAAAAUGGAUAACAAUACAGUGGCAGCUAAUGAACCAACGCCGGAGUGCAGCGAUGCUACGUCGCCAAUUGAACCAAUCGAACAGGAUGCAGAAGAUGGCCAACAAUGUGCAGCUGAAUUCUGUCAAGUAAUCAUCAAGCAGGAACCGCAUUUUGAGCAAGAAGCUGAUGAUUGCAGUCCUGUUAACGACAAACUGGAUAUGAUUCCUCCUAUCUGCAGCACAACUGGUCAAAUUAAUGCAACAGAAAUGACAACAGAUGGAGAAAACCCAGUGGCAGAGUGCAAUGAUGAUGAUGAUGAUGAUGAUGAGGGCCCACAGCCUGCAGGACAAUUUCUACAAGUAUUAAUAGAUCAAGGAACGCAAUGGGAGGAACAGGCUGAAGAAUGUUCAGAAGAACAGGACUACAUCACAUUGAGUAACUAUAAAACUAGCGGUAUUCAAAACAUGGGAAAAGACUUCAUAAAACAUACUGGAGAAAAGCCUUUCUGGUGUGAUCACUGUGAAUAUAAAACUUUACAUAGAAGUCAUUUGAAAGUGCAUCUUCGAACACAUACAAAAGAAAAACCGUUUUGCUGUGAAUUUUGCAACUAUGCAUGCAUUGACGCUGGUAAGUUGAAAGUGCAUAUGAGGAAACAUACAGGCGAAAAACCCUACAGCUGUGAAAUUUGUGAUUUUAAAUGUUCACAGUUGAGUAAUUUGAAAGGACACCGUAGAACACACUCAGACAAAAAGCAUUUCAGUUGUGAACUUUGUGACUACACAUGUGCUCGUUCAUGUAGUUUGAAAAAUCAUUUGUACAAAACUCAUAAUAUUGGCAAGGAACUCAUAAAAUGUGAAUACUGUGACUAUACAAGCUCACAAUCAAGUGAUUUAAAAGUGCAUAUGAGAACCCAUACCGGCGAAAAACCUUAUAGCUGUGAACUGUGCAGUUAUUCAUGCUCACAAUCAGGUCGUAUGGUAUUUCAUAUGAGAACACAUACCGGUGAAAAACCCUACAGUUGUGAAUUUUGUAGCUUUUCAUGCACGCAACCAAGUGGUUUGAAAUCUCAUGUUAAGAAAAUACAUACAGGCAAAAAGAAAUUCAACUGUGAAUUUUGUGAUUUCAAAACUGCUCGUUCAAAUGUUAUGAGAUGUCAUCGGAGAAAACACACUGGCAAAAAAGCCACAGAUGCUCAAACUACAAACAAUGAAAAAGCAUCAAAGAGUUAAAAGACUAAAAACCUUUUAGUCGUGACUAAACAAUAUGCAACAAUGACAAGAUGGCUUUCACUUAGCCUAUGGCAUUCACCUAUGGGGAAAUUGCUCAAUGGCCAUCACACCUCUCAGACUACAAAAAAAGCUAUACGAAUUAUUUGUCAUGCACCAUGCACCACCACUUGCCACUUGCUAACCAUUUUUCCAAAAAUUGUUCAGACUCUCCCAUCUCUAUAUGUAUAUACUAGAUACUUGAUAUACUCGUAUUUGUUUACUUGAUACUAGUUGUCGUUGUCGAAGACUGGGGAUUUCAGAUAGACAGUGUCACGAACACUGUUGGUUGUUAGCAAUUCAAGAUUCGUUUAUUGUCAGAACAUUAAAAACAAUAAUGCAUGACAUCGUCAAAAAACAUACAAGCAAUCACAAAUUUGCUAUUCUGGCUAGUCGUUGAAGUAGAUUUGCUUCAAAAAAAUGGGGCUCAUCCUCAAGCUCAGCAAAUGAGUAGAGUUUCUUGUCGUUUAACUUCUGCUUCACUGUGCUAAGCAAUUUAUUUCAUGGUAAAUUUCUCACUUCACUGGGCAGCCUGUUGAACAUCCAAAUGGCUGCUGCUGGAUAGCCGUUGUAGGUGCUGCGUAGGUCUUGUGUGGGAUGCCUCAAGGUCAGUAGCUCGGCGAGUAUUGUGGCUGUGGAUUUCACCUCCUCUCGUCCAGGCUUCCUGGUUGUCCAUCAGAUGUGUGAGUGAGCACAACACGUACUGGCUCUAGAUGGUGAGGAUCCCCAUACCCUUGAGAGUCUUUUUUCUGUUUAGGGCUACUUGUAAUAUAAAUAGAAAUACAAAUCUCAGUACCCUUUUUUGAAUUAUUUUAUCACAACAUGUUUCAACGUUCAUGCCAUUUUUGGCAU